AUGGAGAGUCUAAAGGUGUUCGAUGCUUUUCCGAAAACCGAUCCGCAUCAUGUGAAGCGAUCGUCAAAAGGUGGUGUGAUGUCAAUGCUGGUAUAUGCCGUAUUGCUUUUCAUUGCAUGGGUGGAAUUUGGUAGUUAUUUUGGGGGUUACAUUGACGAGCAGUAUAUUGUUGAUAAAACAUUAAGGACAACAGCUCAAAUAAAUAUCAACAUGUUUGUGAAGACACCAUGCAAGUACCUACAUGUUACUGUUGUGGAUGUUGCAAAUGAUAUACACGUGGUUGCUGAGACGUUAAAUUUACAACCGAUUCCAUUUUACAUUCCUUAUGGUACGAGAAUCAAGAACUUUAAUGAUGUUACGACACCUGACCUAGAUGGUAUAUUGGCUGAAGCAGUUCCGGCAGAGUUCCGGAAGGGUGUAGAUAAUACCUGGGCUGACGGUCUGCAAUUCGACGGCUGCCAAAUUUACGGGUCCAUCCCUGUUAACAAGGUGAAGGGUGAACUUCGCAUUACCCCCAAAGAGUCUGUCUUCAGGGGCAUCGGGGCUAGAAAGGAUGAGAUAAACUUCACUCAUGUUAUAAACGAAUUUUCUUUUGGUGAUUUCUACCCUUAUAUUGAGAACUCUCUGGAUGGAGUUGGAAGAAUUGCUCAAAACGGAUUAACUUCCUACUUUUACUUCGCAUCAGUUGUACCCACGUUGUAUCGUAAAAUGGGCGCUGAAGUUGACACAAACCAAUAUUCUGUAAGCGAAACAGAUAAGUCAGUUACAGAAAAGCAGAGCCAUAUUCUAGGCAUAUAUAUACGGUACAAUUUUGAGGCAUUGACCAUCCUUGUGAAAGAUCAGCGAAUUGGGUUUUGGCAGUUCGUUAUAAGGUUAAUUUCUAUUCUGUCUUUCGUAGUGUAUAUGGCAACAUAUGCUUUCCGGUUUAUUGAUUGGUUAUUGGUCCUUGCAUUAGGUCCCAAGUGGUCAUUACGUUAUCAAUCCAAUAGUCAACAAGGUAAAGGUCUUUUAGAUCAACCUGAAGCGGACGCGCCGAUGUAA